UGUUUGGCCAGAAUUCCCGGACCCCGACCCCGAUAUCCAUUGAUUGGCAAUUUAGAUAUGUUUCGUAUACCUGGUGUUUCACAAACUGAAAGCACUUAUAGAAUACUAGUAUCAUUAUGCAAGCUAUACAACAAUUAUGGUAUUUAUAAGAUAUUAUUGGGUCAAAAACCAAUACCAAUAUUAUCAAGCAAUAUCAAUAUUGAAAAAUCAUAUAUAUAUAAAUUCCUAAGCGAUUGGUUAGGGGAUGGCCUAGUAUUGAGUACCGGUUCUAAAUGGAAAGGUAGACGAAAACUGUUGACACCGGCAUUUCAUUUUAGAAAACUUGAUGAUUAUCUGCCAGUAAUGAACAAACAGACAAAUAUAUUUCUGGAUAUAAUUAGAAACAAACAAAUCGAUGGACAACAACAACAACAACAACAACAACAACAAUCAUAUAUAGAUAUUAGGGAACCAGUAGUUCAAUUAGUACUUGAUAUUAUUUGUGAAACUGCAAUGGGUGUACAAGUGGGUGCACAGUUAGGCCAAAAUCAAUCGUAUGUUUCAGAUAUACAUUAUAUGGGAAAGGUAUUUAUGAAACGUAUAUUUAUGCCAUGGAUUUGGUCCGAUCGGAUAUUUUAUUGGACAUCGAUUGGUCGAAAAUUUCGUAAAUCACUCGAUAGUUUUCAUUUAUUUACCCGCAAUGUUAUCAAUGAAAAAAUUAGACAAUUUAAGAAAGGUAUGGCAUUUCUGGAUCUAUUACUCGACUAUUAUAUCAAAGACAACAACAACAACACCGACACCGACAACGACAACAAGUUGUCAUCAUUAGAGGACAUACGCGAAGAAGUGGACACUUUUAUGUUUAAUGGACACGAAUCUACUUCGACAAGUAUCGGUUGGUCACUGUAUUUGAUUGGUUUGCAUCCGAAUGUACAGCAAAAAAUUGGCAACGAAUUGACCAGAAUUUUUGGCCGCCGCGAAUCAGACAUCAAUAGAGACAUUUCAUUGGAUGACAUCCAACAGUUAACAUACUUGAAGUGUGUGAUAGAAGAAUCGUUACGUUUGUAUCCGUCGGCACCGUUUAUUGCCCGCCGAUUGGUCGAAGAUUGUCCCGUAGGUAUCGAUGAUGAUACGGGUGCUAAUGGUUAUGUCAUACCGGCCGGUGUCGAUGUCUUUCUAAUGAUUGCCGAAAUGCAUUUGGAUAGUCUAGUGUUUGCCGAUCCCAAUCGUUUCCGUCCCGAAAGAUUUGAAUCCGAUUCCGUAACAAUGUCUCAGAUAAAUGCCUACAAUUAUGUACCGUUUAGUGCCGGUCCGCGCGGUUGUAUUGGCAAACGAUUUGCACUAAUUGAACAAAUGAUUAUUUUGGCAAAAAUAUGCCAAAACUUUACUAUUGAAUCAAUGAAACCGUUAGAUAGUAUCCAGACAUCAGCUGAAAUGGCCUAUCGGGCAAAAAAGUAG